AUGAGGGACCAUUUCUUUGUAUUGUUGGAAGGAGAAGCCACUGGUAGGCUUCUCAGAUAUGAUCCAUCUGCUAAAACUCAUGUUGUCUUGGAGGGCUUGGCUUUUCCAAAUGGAGUUCAAUUAUCUAGGGAUCAAACCUUCGUCCUCUAUACUGAAACCACCAACUGCAGGCUAAUGAGAUACUGGUUGGAAGGUCCAAAAUCUGGAAUCACAGAACUUGUUGCAGACCUGCCAGGUUUCCCAGACAACAGGGGCGGCGGUUGCAUUUUUUGCUCCACCAUAAAGCCGGCCCUGCCAGACAAAGUAAGAAUAAAUGAGAAAGGCCAGUUCUGGGUAGCAAUAGAUUGUUGCAGGACAGCUGCACAAGAGUUUCUCACAAACAAUCCAUGGAUACGAAGUCUCUACUUCCGGUUACCAAUCCGAAUGAGUUUAUUAGCCCGAGUCAUGGGGGUGAGGAUGUAUACGGUAAUCUCACUUUUCAAUGAGAAAGGGGAGAUUUUGGAAGUUCUUGAGGAUCGAAAGGCCAUGGUGAUGAAGCUAGUGAGUGAAGUUAAAGAGGCAAAUGGGAAGCUAUGGAUUGGUACUGUGGCUCAUAACCACAUUGCCACCCUCCCUUACCCCUUAGCCAGUUAAGGCCUUAAAGCUUGAUUUUGCUGAAACAGAUUAUUGGGAUUUGUAUUUGUUUAAGUGCGGUGUAUUAGAUGGGUGACUUGAUUUAUGAUUGUGUAACUAUAUUGGUAGUUAAAUGACUUGGCCACUUAUAUUUGUAGCUUCAAAUGGCUUGUGAUUAAUAAGUGGUUCCCUAACAUUUUGUAUCUGAUUGUGUGGUCAAACUGUUUGAAAUUGCCACGUUAUGAAGCAGUAUUGCCAAUGGCCAAUGUGCAAGAGCUGUUGAAAAU